AAAAAAAACAUAAUUUCACAAAACAUCAAUGGCUUCUUUUCACAGAAAGUUAUGUUUGUUCCAAAACAUUCUCGUAUCGUGUCUGAAUUUCACUCUCCUCCUCCUCUCCCUCUGUUCUUUCGUACCAAUCAUUCUUCUUAGAAACCCUCCAACUUCACUCGGUUUAGCCUUCCUCGCAGUCUCACUCGUCUCUCUGAUCUCCUCUUUCGGUAGUGCCUCUUCGCACCAAUCUCGAUCAUGUUUCAUCGCGCGGAUAACGCUUCAUGUUUCCUCACUGACGGGUCAGUUUAUUGCAGUUUUAAUGUUGUUUAGUAGAGAGAAACAGAGUCUUUCUUUGCUGAUAUCGACUCGAGACCCUAGAGAGGCUAAAGCUUUGGUUAGAGUAGAAUGUGGUGUUUUCGUGGCGAUGAUUCCGUUACAGAUAAUGGUUCUAGUGCUGGCUUGUUUGUUACAUUGUUAUUGGGUUAGAGAGUUCGAAGGGUUAGAUGUUGAGAGUGAAGAUUCUUUUAGAAGAAAAUGUAACCGAAGAGUCUCGACCGCUGAAGAUGGGACUAGUUCGGAUUUAAAGAAAAUGGAGUUGGACGAGAAGAUGAAUGUGAAACAUGUUCAGUGGGUUAAAACAGAUUUCGAAGGUUAAAGUGUUUUUAUGAAUCUAUAGUUUGUGAUUAUUGUUCAAACUUCAAAGUUAUAUUUUAUGUCUUAGUUAAGAAAAUUAUUUAUUUGCUGUUACAAAACUUUGUUAGGUUUUCUACAAUGUUGUAAGUAAUAUGUAUGGCUACUUGAAUUGUCCUAGUAAUGGUUGAUCUUGUAUUUUUUUCUCUCGUACAUCCACCAUUAGUGGGUAAUUUACAUACAUACACUAGUACAAAG